AUGUGGCGACUUUUCCAUGCUGUAGUUCUCGCUUCUUUUCUGACUUGUUCCUUUGCUGCAAGCAAUGAAACAAUUCCUGCGGUUCUCUGGCACGGAAUGGGUACGUAGAAUGUUGUUAAAUAGUUGAAAAUUGUGUGUCGCUCGCUCUGUAUGUUAUUUUGCAAAGGUAGGUUUGCUUCGUCGGCGUCUAUAAACUGGCGUUGUGUCAUAGCGGAAACCAAGGCAUUUGACGUUUAAAAAAGCCAUUCACAUAGCUUUAUUUAAGUACAACAUGCGUGAAUGAUUUUUGUCCGUUUUACAAUCUCGAAAAUCCGGCAUUUUCAGGUUUCUUUGAUUCCGGGGGGGGGGGGAACUCUAAUGCGGAAGCCGUCCUAGAAGUUUCUGUCGUUAAUAACCUUUCUUUGCCUGUAGUCUGCGGAGUCUUUCUACUAUUAUUACAUGAGCGAACAUACACAAGGGAAUCCAGGCUUUUUUUUUGUUUUACCUGGAGGGCUCAAAGCUUAGCAUCAUACUGCAGACAUAUACAAAACAUGGACCCCCGGUCCAUGGACCACCACGUUCUUCCUUGUUACAUAUUAUUCAUUUUUAAUUAAAUUUUUACUGAUAAGAUCCUUUUAUGCACCAACACCUGUCAUCUAUCAGAAGUGGCUUCCCUGGACUCAUGGGUGCAUUCAAUCUCCCCCCGGAACUGUUACUGAUACCAGGAGCCCAUCAUGCUGAUAGCCAUUAUUUUUUUGUUAACGCAUCUGUCAAUUCCAAAUGUGUCUAUAUUACCGCAUACACACCAACAGGCAUUUCACUUUUUGAAAAAAAUUUGGUGGAAAUCUCUGCUGUUCUGGCAAUGGAGAUGCACCAUUUGAUAGGACUCUACUGAGGUUCAGAUGUACAGCUGUAAUAUGAAAGAUCAAAAGAAAGGCCAGAGGAAGAGAAGAAUCAAGCUUGAUGAGGGGGGUGUAAGGGUUGGUGGUGAUGUGGUUUUGCUCGUUUUUUGGUGUGGUUUUGCAGAAAUUUUUAUUUUAAUUUGUGGUAUUGCGGACAGUUUGACAAAACCAAGCAGUUUGUGGUAUUUAGAAAUUUUGGGGUAAUUUCAAUGCAGUUUGCGGUUUUUUUAUGUUAUUCUGUGCAGUUUCUAAACAUUUAUCUGUGCAGUUUUGCGGUGUUCAUACCCCCCUUACGCCCCCCUCUUUGAUCAUUGCAGGAUGCAUAUAUUAAUUUUUCAUACAGUCAAUGUACGACACCAACACAACAAAUGACUAAACAAAUUAUUAUGUCUUUUCGCUGGGGAAAGGUUACAUUCAAUAACAGUCUUCAUCUUGUACUCCCAUGACAAAAUUUAUAUUUCCCUGCUCUGCAACACAAGGGCAGAUAAGGAAGUUCUGUCACCAAGAAAAGUCCUAGGUUCUCCAAGCAAAAAAUGGUUUUUCAUAAUCUUAUGAUAAUCUUUAGACCUCAGUAACAGCUGAUUGUUAUGGAAAUUUAGUGUUUUAAUAUAAUUUUCAUUGUAGGUGACUCAUGCUGUAAUCCUUUGAGCAUGGGCUCUAUCAAGUCAAUGUUGGAAUCAAAGAUUCCCGGCAUUUAUGUGCGCUCUUUAAUGAUUGGCAACAAUAUCAUUGAGGUGCUGUAAUUCAUUUUCAUUUGGAGUACUCAUUCUGUUAUAAAGUCUUCUAUAAGUAUUGUGAAAAUUACAUUGUUUUAUACAUCAGUUUUUUCUAAUAGCUUUUUAAUUCCCUGCAGUUUAAGAUUAUUUUUUCAAUUGUUUUCAUUAAUUCUGCUUUAGGAUACAGAAAAUGGAUUUUUCAUGAAUGCAAAUGACCAGGUAUUAUUAAUAUUUUUAUUAUGUACAUGUAUUAAGGUCUUGGUAAAUGAAAAUUUUAGUACAUUGCUCGAUUUUUUUAAUUUUUUUUAAUUUUGGCAUGAGUGGGUCCUAAAUUUUAUUUGGCAGAAAACAUAACGAGCCGCACCGUCUUAGCAACCAAAAAAAUUCUGUUUAUCUAGCUGAGAUAGGGGACUAAAAGUCCCCUAUCUCAGCUGGAUACUCAGAAGCUUUUAACAUUCACUAUUCCAUUUAUCUCUGAUCAUAUUUCUCAUCUAAUACGAUAGAGGCGUCAAUUUUCGCGCCAUCCUGUCAUCAUUCUAGGGCGAGGAAAUUUAAUUAAAAGCGCGGCAUUCAACAAAUGUACGGCUCAGGUUUCGGCUAAAAUUAUUCAGUGCCGUCAAAGAAAAAAACAUGUUAUUAAGGUCUGCGUAUAAAGUCGAUCACAUUGCUAACACAGACAAAAACGCUUAAAUAUCUCCUACAAAAUGAAUGGCUGAGUUUGUUUUUUCUACGGGUCAAACUGCUACUAUAUAUCCCAGAAGCGCUCAGGCAUAAUAAAAUGCCAGGACUUCUACCUGGAUGAACCAGAAAGGAUAUAGAACAACUACCUAUUUUUUUUCUUUUUACGGCUACGGGUCGAAAUGCUAAACGUGUUAUAUAUCCUAGAAGCGCUCAGGCAUAAUAAUAUGCCAGGACUUCUACCUGGAUGAACCAGAAAGGAUAUAGAACAACUGCCUUUUUUUUCUACGCGUCGAAGUUCUAAACGUGUUAUUCUUAGAAGCGCUCAGGCUUAAUAAUAUGCCAGGUUUCCAGCGACUGAUUUUAGCUGAUUUUGCGGUGCGCAAGAAUGGAUAAUUUACCCGACUUGUAAACAGAUAUUUCCUUCAGCCGAUUGUGUCUCAUGCAGGAGAAUGUCAUGUCUGCGUUGUUUUGUUUCUACUGAAGUUUUAUCAAAAAAAGCUUAAGCGAAAAUAGGGAGAUCGCAAUUUAUACUCUUACGAACUAUAAAUUAGGGCUGACCUGGAAGACGCGUUGAAUUGUGCCGCCAUCCUUCAAAAUAUAAUCUGGCUGCGUUUAGGGAGACAAUUUCCUCUUCCAUCCAGAUUUACUUGGUAUAUGUGUUUGCGAGAAUCUUCAGACAAAGAAUUGGGUAUACACUGAUUCGAAUGGCUUGGCGAUACUAAGUGCUUAAGUCUACUUACCGAUUACAACAUGUUUUGGAAGUAUUGAGAAGCGCGCCAAAUGAGGUUGUCACAGCGUUCUCGAGCGAACACGGCGCGACCUGGAUUGAUAAAAUUACCAUUACAUGCAGCUAUCAUGCCAGUGAUUUCUCCUUUUGUCGCAUAAUGAAUAGUUUGUGAGCACAUCCUCGACUCUCGAAACAUUUGUCUUGCGCCGCUAUAGAAGUUGGUUCUCCCGCGAACCAUAGGUAGAUUUCCCGCUUAACAUAAUGUUUGAUAAUUUAUGCAAAAGUUGACCUCGUGAAAGUCAGCAGUGCAUUAACCGACUCAAAAAUAAACAGACUUCCUACAGGGUUUUGAACAUGGUUUUAAUUAAAGUACUUUACAAGCGCUGCGGUAGUUGACCCCAAAAGUGUUACGGUGAUGGAUACUCAACUGGAUGAUUACGUCACUUCAUAGCAACCAGACGGUACGAAUUUUUGAACUUCCGGAGCGCUGAGGCUCGUAGUGGAAAAUCAGAAAGUUCUUUUUAACCCUUCUAAAAUGAGCGUUCUCUGUUUCCCCGUCAUAAGUUACGCGUGAAAAGUGAUUGACAGCCCCUGUCUAUUGCGUGACAAAACACUCAAGUGUUGUAUUUCAAGAGCGUGUGCUGACGUAGCUCGAUAAUUCAAAACACUCUACUCUCUUCGGAAACUUACUCUCGACAAUCAUCAAAACAUCUACGGAAUAUGAAGCCUAUGAAACGGAAAUCGCACUGUCCCUGGACUAGCUCACAGAAACGGAAGAAACAGAGAAAGACAAUGGAAAGUAUUUCGGAGCAUAAGAAAACUACACUGACACAGUCAGACAAGGGAUCAUGGCUUGAUCAAGUAAAUUGGCUAGAGGAGGAAGAGUCGAAUGCAAGCGUCUCCGCUCAGAAACUUUGCUCUGGAAUCGACUCAGAAGACCGUACAGAGAAAAGAAACAACAUUGUAGUUGAUGUAAAUUUGUUGAAUGGAGCGAUCGAGAGGUCACUUGUGUACAAAUCUUGCCAGUGCCCAGUGUUUUGUGAGGAACUCGAAGAGCGCAGCGGCCAAGGUGUGAGAUUGGGCUUCGUUUGCAUGAAUGCGAAUUGUAGUCUCAUUCAGAUGCCUUUUAACUCCUCAAGUAAAUGGGGAAAGCUUUUCGAUAUCAACAGAGCAUCUACCCUUGCUUUUGGAUUCUGUAAGAUAAAUAGCAUUGACUAUACAGUAACAUUAUUAAGUGACUUUUGUCCUAUGUACAUAUCAAUCAGAAACUGAGAUUGAAAAGAAAUGUCAUGCUUUAUUAAAUUUCUACAAAAAAUGUUUUCAGCUGCCUAUUCUUGAGCUGUAGGUAGUUCCAAGGCAGUACAGAAGUCUUUCAUGCUGACUUGAAAAGCAUCCUGGAAUAUAAAAAUAAAUAUUAAAUGCUACAGUUAAAACUAUUAAACUAUGUUUCUUAUGUAUUCUUACGUCUGGAAUCUACCCCACCACGUCACCAGGGACAAGAGCCCUAAUGAAGCUUAGCACUGUGCUCGGGAAGCUAAAUUGAGCAUCGCUUGGACCAAUUUCUUUACGCUAGAUAAAUCAAAAUAAGUCAUUAGAACUGUGGUGAAACAAUGAAAAAGCCUUUUCUGUUUUGCUUAGACCUGUACAAUAAAUAAUUAUAUUGAAAUAUUGAAUUAUAUUAGCCUGCGCCAGAAAUGUUUAUCUGUUUACAAGCUACAAAGGCUUUCUGCUAAGAAUUCAUAAGACGUUUUACUUUCCCCUUACAGAGUAAGCGUCCAUCCUUCCAACCUACCAUGACAGAGUGCGCCCAAUGACAAUACUCAGGAUAUCGUAUCCUCCGUGGAAGCUUUAAUUUCCCUGCUUCAUGCGAUCUGCCAUCUUUGUCUCCAAAUUAUCGGCGAAAAAUUCCCCGUCAUAUCUAGUAACAAAACAGUAGAUCAAACUGCAAUUCCAGGUAUCUGGAAAUAACAAGUAAAAGAAAGGGCUCAUCCUUAGAAAAUUCAUUGGGUUCACUCUGGGAUGCUGUGCAUAACUCGCAUAAAUAUUAGGGUAAAUAUAUAAUUUUUAUUUUUAUCACGCAUGCCACGACUUGCACGUAAAAUGCAUGAGUAUCCAUGUGACAGUUUGACAUUUGCGUAGUCCUACAGGCCUGAUAAUCAACAAUGAUUUCAUUAUCCUCUGCAUUUCCUUAUCACUACAGUUUCUUUAAGAUAAUCGAGCAGAUUGAUUUCGGAGUCACAUUAUUUAAAAUGUUUGCUUUUAAGCAUAAUCUGCUCGAUUGCACUGCGAUUGAGCCCAGGCUGAAACGCUAAGAUUACAUACCCUUCCUCACAAAUUUCCCGUAACAUGAGGCGCCUGGCUUCCGUCUUUUAAAUAGGAACCUCUGCUGUCUCUUUCUUCUUCCCCUUACGCGAUUUUCUCUUUGUAGGGUUAACUUUCCCCAUCGCUAAGAAGAAGGGAUUGCUUGCUACCGAAUAUUUCACCUUUCACCAAGCCGAAGUGUUAACAAAACUUCCCGCGCAAUCCCGCACAAACGAAUGACCAUGACCAUGACUAAUUCCUCUGUUACUUGCGCGGAAGCUGAUUGGCUAGAGUUAAUUAAGGUUCAAGUGUGGGGCGGAGCUAACCAGCCAAGUGUGGACCUCGGGCUAAAUCUUUAGAGCUGAUUUUCUCUCACUCUAUUUUAGAUGCAAAAAUCAAAAUUCUCCGACCUCCAGUCGGGACAGGUUUUAAGCUAUCACUUUGAAACUUUCAGAUAUGAUGGAUAAUGAUAAAGACUCAAAAAGGGUGAGAGGAAUUUUCCGAUUUCCCUUUGUAACUCAUUUUAUGUCAGUUUCUUUGCGUAAAUCGCGCUCAAGAUUCGACUUUUUAGUUUGAAAUGCAAUAAUUCUGCUAAUACGAGACAUAUGCAAAUUUCCUCACACUCUUUUCUGGGUCUUUUAUCUGUCAAUCAGAUGCAAUAAAAAGGAAGUGAAUAUUUAACAACGGAAAAGGGCUGGAGCUUCAGCAGUAAACUCGAUACCUCUGAGUUUGAGAGCAAAACACUUAAGUACCUUUUGAAAUUCGAUGAAAUAAAAUCUUUUACAAGGUAAUUUAGUCUUUUAGCUUUAAUUUGAUAUAUAACUUGCCUUUGUAGCGAAAAUACUCAUGCGACUAGAAUUUUUUUCUGUGGGCACCUCGUUUUCCUUUACCGAGACCUUAAGUAACUGGUUAACUAAAUCAAGCUUUAUUGAUCUAAGACAGACUUAAAACAUUAAAAUUUAAAGGUAGUAUUUACCAAGCCAGAGGACAUGGUGCAAUCCAUGUGCUAUAAUUUUUUAAAGACAGUUCAGAGGGGUAUAUAGUUUCAGUUACUACCUGGAGUGCAGUGAUUUUUCCAAAACACUUCCAUCAAGAAUGUUUGUAAUAGCAAGUGUAACAAAAUUAUACUCUCAUGAGUUACUGAAAUUAACUAAGGACUUUUACACCCUUUACAUUUAUUGUGCAUUUAGUUUUAACCAUUGUUAUUGUUAUUCUUGACAGAUCAAACAGGUUUGUGAUAAACUUGCCUCAGAUCCUAAGUUGAAGAAUGGUUACAAUGCUCUGGGUUUCUCACAAGGUGGUCAGUUCUUGUAAGUGAGAUUUCAUUUUAUUUAUAUGAUUUGCUACUUUACAUCUUUCUAAGUUACAUUGCUCUAAGUGUUAACUAGUAGCAGGAAUACCUCUUUGAGAUAUCUUUCAAAAUACACUACAUAGAUCAUAGUGACAACUUAAAUAGAAAGUAAUGACUGACAAUGUCUGAAACUGCAUUAGUAAGUCAAUGAGGACAGCUGUGCUUGCUAGUGUCCUCUUCUCUACAAAGACCACUUUGGUUUAUCUUUGGGUACAUUUACUCUUGUUUCAACCUGUCAGCAAUAACAACUAUCACACAAAAUUGCAAUUUUCAUAUUUUGUCAUUUUAUUAAAAAACCACCACCAUAGAUCAAUUUUUCAUGUUGAACUUAUAAUAUUAGUUUCAUAAAGAUUCAUUACAAACUAAUGGAAAAAUGCGCUCCUUGACCCCUAGUUUGCAGGCCCCAUUUCUCUGUUAGCUUAUGAGAAUUUCUGAUCAUGACAAUAUAAAUGAAUCUAAAGGGGAUAAAUGGAUCUGAAGGGGUGUUUUUAGGUCUAUAUGAAAAAUACAAAUAAUUGCAAACAUUGUGUGACAUCUGUAAUUCAAUGGGUUAUGCAGACUUGCCAACCCCAAAAGUCAAGAAAUGUGCGACUCUGAACCUAGUAGCUGAGAAAAGUAGUUAGAAGUGGGUAAAAAGUCAUGAGAUGUCCCAAAUUUCCUAUUGGAAGGAAUAUCAGUGGGGAUUAUCGGUACUGAAAGUCAUCACUUUAAAGCUGUAAGAGUAAACAUUAGAAUCAAUUUUACAAGUUAGGUUUUGUAAUUUCUAUGUUUUGUUGGAGGCCAUCUUCAGAGAAACAGCUUCACAUUUGGUGGCAGCGGCAAGUCACGUAGCCUAGAAGAGUGUAAUCAAACGCAACCGCUAAGCGUUUUCUUUGGAGUGAGCUACAACCAGUUGCAAAAGUACUUGAGACACUGUACCUUAUUUAUUUUAGGCUUAAAUGGCCUGCCCAUGAUCUUGUGCUUGUGAUCCCCCCUUCACCCCUUAUCAAAGUUGCUAGCAAUACAAGACCAUGCUAAGGAACAUGCAAAUUUCAAUGAAGGGGAGGAGGGAGGUGGGUAUUUUAACCUACAGACAUGUGACUAGCAGCGAUUUGCAGUAGAAAAAGGCCAGUUUUUCACUGGGGUUUCUCAACAGUUUUGCAACUGGUAGUAGCUAUCUAUUAAUAUCUAUUAAACUAGGAAAUGAACCCAACAACUCCCAAUUAUUUUUUGGAGUUUGAGUUUAGAAGAAAUCACGAGAAAUCAGUUGCCAACUCGUGAGAGCAUGAGAUAGGUCGUAAAAUCGUGAGACUUGGCAAGUCUGGGUUAUGGCUACCUGUCCCGGAGGUGAGGGUUUUGAAAGGUUCAAUAGUUAUUUCCAAGCUUCAGUCACAAAGUCACAACCAACGGGUUCUCAAAUUGCAAAUAACAAGAUGCCUCCAAAACACUGACCUUAUUAAGAGCAUUUUUUUACUAACUUGGUCUUGUUCACUUGAAAAAUACAGCCGUGCUGUUGCCCAAAAGUGUCCUAACCCUCCUAUGUUGAAUCUCAUCAGCUUUGGUGGACAGCAUCAAGGUUUGCUAUUAUUAUUAUUAUUUGAGAAUGUUGAUUAUCAAUCUGAAUAGGAUCACAUACGUGAAAAUCUUUGUUUAAUACACUUUAGCCCCAUCUUGACUACUAAGACAAGUACUAUGAAGAGUAUACAAGAGGUCCCUUUCAAAAUGGGCAGCAGCCAGCAAUUUUUACGCUUUCGGUGGAAUAUUUGCCACCUACUCAACAUUUAGGUUUAAUAAUGUUUAACAAAUAUCACCAAAAUUUUAAGUCCUUGCUGCCUGGUACUCUUGUUAUCCUGCCUACUGCUAAAAAGACAUUUUGACUGCAGGACUGGGCCCUUAAAGAAAGUUGUUUAAAUUCUCUCUUUAAUGUGUUUUUAAUGCAUUUAAAUGCAAUUGAAAGGAGUUAACAACUAAGAGGGCCUUAAGUGCCUGAGGUCAGUGGUGUUUGGCAUGCGAAUGCCCAGUAGCUGGCUACAGUGAUCGUGUGAUUCAUUGGCGCGUUUCAGUUUUCCUUUGUGCUAGGUUCUGUCAGCCAUGUUCGUCCCCUCCCCCCCUUCCCCUAGGCUUUGUUAGUUUUUUCUCCACUGAUGUUUUUCAGUGUGACAGGUGCCUGUUCCUUUCCUUUCGCAUGGGGGCUCAUGGCUGGCUUGCACUGUUGUGCCAGUCAUGGGGUUUUAUUUCAAUCUAGGGCUGGCUGCCAUUAGUGGAAACUCCUAGAUACUCCAGGCACCCAACCUCCAUUUUAGCGAUAUGGUUGUUAACUAGAAAAUGGUGGGUAAUUUGGAAGGAGAUCUCAUUUUGAAAAUAAAGUAUUAUAGUCACUUUUAAUGGUCAAUUUUUCUGGCAAUAUGCAGCUGUGCACUCCCUCAUUAGCCAGAGGACCCUCCCAUACACCCCUGCCAACUACUGCACUUGUUUUACUUGAUGGUGUAGAAUAAAUAAUUAUUUGCUUGGUGUGAUUACCUUUUUCUGCGUAUUAUUAGUUUCUGUUGGUUAUUCACAUAGGAAGUUCCCCUCACUAGUCAGAGAUAAGGUGAUGUACAUCAUACUGUAUGUGUUCAUAUAUAAUAACCCUCAAAUCUGAUUGACAAAGUACAUUUUAAGCUGUAAUAUUUAAUAUCCUGCAGGUGUUUAUGGAUUUCCACAUUGCCCUGGAGAAAACUCUACCUUGUGUGAUAUUGUCAGAAAAAUAUUGAAUGAAGGAGCGUACAUAAGGUAUUGCAUUCAGAUCAUUCAGUUUAUGCAAUUACGGCAGCACUAAAAGACGGAAUCCGGAAUCCGGAAUCCGGAAACGGAAACGGAAUCAUGGAAACGGAAACGGAAUACGGAAUCUGUGAAAGAAGGUUCCAAGCGAUCGAUUUGAAAAAAAUAAUAGUAGCAAUGACAAUGAAAUAAAUAAACAGAUAAAAAAAAAGGCACAAAUGAAUAAAUUAGCUGAGUACAGGAGAGGAGACUGCUGUGUCACUAGAGGAGUCGAUUCCGGUGAAAAGACGCUUGAUACCACUGUCGGCAAUGAAUGCAAAUUCUCAUGGGACAGCAAAGUGAGGAGAAAAACGUGACUGACAAAAACUAGUGCCUUAACAAAAAGGUAAGUUAUAUGGAGACAGACUUCGUUUGAAUCGUCUGAGGCGUCGUUUACAUAACUGAAAGGCGUCGCCGUCAAGUUUUUCUCAGUGUCUUUUCUGGGUUGUCUUCAACAGUGUUCAGUUUUAUUUAUCAAGACAACUUACUCAAGAGAACCAUGGCAUUGUGGAGUCCACAGAGAAGAGAGAAUUGUGCAUGCAUUUGCUUGAUUCCGCAACCGAUUACAUCAAAAUAAUGCGCCAUGUUUAAUAAGCCUCUUCAACAAAAAUACGGACGUCCACGUAAACUUAAUUACCGGUACACCAGUAUUCCAUCAGUAUUCAGCUUGGCGAAAAAGUUGAACUUAUUGCUAAAACACCGGAACUGUGGUCACGUCACCGGUCGGUCAUGUGUGGAGUAUUCAGUUUGGGGACAAUCACGUGGUGUGGUCUGAGGCUAACUUCGACUAUUCUUGACAAUUAGCUACAAAAGUAAUAUUUAACUGUAUUAUUCAACCCAUGAACUCGUGAAUAAAAAUUACUCGUAAAAUUACUUUCAUCGGCCUUGCAGUGCAGUAACCCACACUACGGCAAACCUUAUCAAGACACAAUAACAAGAAUAUAUUUAAGGGAACUGCCAAGAAAACUAAGACAAAUUCUCUUUGGAUUGUACUAAAUUGUGUAUUGUGAAAUUCUUUAAUUUUCUAUCAUCGAUAUUUGAUUCCGUAUUCUGUUUCCGUUUCCGUUUCCGUGAUUCCGUUUCCGUUUCCGGAUUCCGGAUUCCGUGUUUUAGUGCUGCCCAUGCAAUUACCUUAACCCUGUGAGGAGGGUUUCUCACUUGCAUGGCUUUUAGCUGUUAACAAAGUCGUUUGCAUGGCUUGAUUGACGUGUAGUUGGUUUGUUUUAUACGCCCCAGACGGGGUGUAAACAAACCAACUAUGUGACAGAGAAGCCAGGCGAACGACUUCAUAAAAUGCUAAAAGCCAAUGCAUACAAGAGAGAAACUUCUGCUCGCAGGGUUAAUUACCUUUGGCAAGUAGUGAAACUUAGUGAAACAAAUAAAGUAAUUAUGUUGUCAGAUACAGGUACUGAUAAACUGUGGAACUGUUGUCUGUACUACUGUAGUGGGUAUAGGGUGAAAAUUUGAAAAGAAAGAAAGGUUCAGAACUUUUAAAGGCUAUAAUGUCCACUAGAUUCAGGGUGUCUCCUCUCAGGUUUUCAAUGUCAUAAAUUUUAUUGAACUUAAAGGGACAGGUUCACGCUUCAGCGCAUGCUCAUUUAUUUUAUGUUUUUCUACCGGGACGUGCUGUAUUGUCUAAGCAAGCAAUAAUUAUGAUCAUGUCAUAAUAUUGUCAAAGAACCAAUCUGCACACUCCCCUGGCAGUCACUUGCACUUGAUCAACUUCAAUAUUUGCAAAUAGCUGCAAAUUAAUCAACCAUGGAAUAAAAUCUUCGGGUAAACAAUAAAUUCAACGUUGGUAGUGUUGGCAUAAUCCACUAAUUUUUUCUGCGAUUUUAGUACUCCUAAUGUAUUAAUAAUAAUGAUAAAUAAUGCAGUAAAAGGUAUUAGAUAAGUUUGAGCUGUUUAUAAUAGCCUUGAAUUCAACCAGGCUACAAUUGACUGUAAACGAUAAAGUUUUUAUGCAUCCGAGGCAAGUUGUUUCUGAGAAUAUAUAAUGGCAAUUUUUUGUUGAUUUUGAGACAAAAAAUGUAAAAUGACCUUACAUGUACUUUGGGCCUGUGACUGACAUAAACUAUUGCUUUUCUUUCCCUUUUUCCAGCUUUAUUCAAGACAAGUAAGUAUCUAAUGUAAGUUAGUAAUGUUUGUAACACCUGAGGUAAUAAACUGUACUACUACUAACCUCUAAUAUUUUUCUUAAUAGGCUAUUUGCACGAUGGCGUCAUUUUACCACUACGAGCAGAAUUCUUUUCAUUUUUCUUUUCAUAUUUAAAAUUUGGUAAUCCCAGUGAGGUUUAAAUGACAAAAGUCCUAAUUUGCACAAGAAAGCAAAACCCUGAAAGAUCCUGGUAAUAGCAGUAAAAUGAUGCCAUCAUGCAAAUGGCCUAUUAACAAAAUCGUUCCAUUAUCUGUCCAGUUGAUUCUGCAACUAUAAUAACACUACAUCUAAUCUGUGGAUACCAGGAACUUGGUUAAAAUAAUCGUGCAGCCAAGUUUUGACACUGUAUUUAAGAUGUCUAGUUGUUGGUUAAAGUUAGGCUGCAUAGCAUGUUCUGAAAGAGAUAUAAAUCUUAAAGCCAUUGCUACUGCCAUUGUUUGCUUUUAGACACUAUCGUAGUUGAGCAAUAGACCAUUUUACAGUUGUGAGCUUAGUAUUCCAGCCAUUGAGUGAAUGUGAGGCUGAGGUUGACCUUGUUUUGAUACAAACCACUUUCCUUUUCUUAUAGAAAUUACAUGUAUGCUUAAUAAAAUACCAGUUAGCAUAAGAACAACAUGGUUUACAUAAUAAAGAACAAAACAAGGUUAACCUCAGCCUCAUUUCCACCUGUAGCUGUAAAAUGAUCUAUUAAAAGAGAACACUGGUAUACUCCUUUAGGGAUCUAAAUACAGAUUUCUCAGUCAAAUCAGUGCAAAAGCUGAAAAACAGAUACCUUUAGUGUACUUUCAAUAAAGGGUACACAAUAUUACAUCUAGGUGCAAAAAGGUUGAUAAGAUUUGAUUAUUAAAGGCAUGGGGGAUUAAAUUUGGUUUGUUUGUUGUGUAGCCAUAAUAACCAUUUGAAUAAUUAAGUUACAAUAUGCAAUAAUUAUUAACACACAACCAUAUCCCUGACCUCGAUGGGUCUAUACCUGAACCCACGAUAUGGUCAGGUGAUACUAGAAGGCAGAUACCCUGUUUUGACAGCUGUCAGUUGAUCACAACAUGGAUGUGCAAUAUCAGGUUGCAGGCUCCCAAACUAGCUAGAAAGUGUGAGGAUUGAACAUUGGUUUCCAUUUGGUGCAGAUGGCCAGGAGGGUGGUCGGUGCACGGUUACGUGAUUAUGAAGUUUUUCGUGGAUUGAUAGAUUCUCUUUGCUGUGAGAGUAUCCUCAGUUAAGGUGGCUUGAAUGGAUUUUUUGGGGGGGAUACCUCCCAAGUUUGAGCAUUAACUACGGGAUAAAGGUUACCACAGAUAUGGGAUAAAGGUUACCACAACUGUAUUAUAUAAAGAUGAAAAUUUCUUAUGAUCUAGGUUUUAUUGCAAUUGGAGUCGCCAUGGCAACGUAACGACGCCAUUACAUUUUUUAUUUAUCUUUGUUUUUCUCUGUACCAGGAGUUUUUUUAAGAAAUCGCUUAAGGGAGUUUGUACCUGCCAUAAUUGCCUCAAUUAUGGAAAAGUUUAAACAAAUUCUAUGAGAGCGUUUUCGAAAUAUUUUGAAACGAAGUUUUAAGCAUCAUAAAAACAGUGAAAUUGCAUGCUAUCCACAUAAUUAGCUAUUUUUUUAAGAAAAUGAUAAGCUUUGGAAACGCGGCUUCAUCUAAUGGUGGUUUGAUUCUAUUGAAAACUGCGUACAAAAAAAGAGGAGAAUUGCUCUGGGCGAUCACGAGUAAGAAGAAUUUUAUUAACUUGCAUUCAGCUGCUUUUGUUGCAGUUUUUGCACGGAAUUUGGUCCACGCCUACAAAUUUCGCAUUUUUCAAAAAACCGCUCGAUAAAUUUUUUUAUAAACUUGAAAAUCUCGAGAUCAAUUGUCAAUAAAUAUUUUCCUGCAAGUUUCAAGAACAUUGAAAACAGAGAAGACUUUUAAAUAGGGCCUCAAAUGUAACCAAUUUUUCCUCAGAUUUUGUGUUUACAAGUGAGCGUCCUUAUUAUUCACUGGCAUUAUUUUCAAGUUUCAUAUGCACGUGCACAUUUAGCAAAAAGAUAGAAUUUGCAUCAAAAAGGACCCUCGCUUAAAUCUCCGGAAUAUGCUAAUAACUGGGUAAAGAAAUUAGUAACAUAUUAUAACAUCACAGCAACUCUUUGUAAGAGUUUCUGUGAUGUUAACCCGAGUAAGAUAAUUAAGUAUUGCAUCCUACACGAUGAGCUCUGACGUUCACCGUCUCGGCUCUUACUGCUAUCUGUGACACAUGCCAGUUAUUAGCAUAUUCCGGAUAUUUCUUCCAAAAGUAAUCGAGAGUUCUUUUUGAUGCAAAUUUAUUUCUUUUUGCUAAAUUUGCACGUUCAUAUGAAUUUUGAAAACAAUGCUAGUGAAUAAUGAGGACGCUCACUUGUAAACACAAAAUCUGGGGAAAAAUUGGUUAUAUUUGAGGCCCUUUUUAAUAGCCUUCUCUGUUUUCAAUGUUCUUGAAUCUUACAGGGUAUAUUCAUUGGCAAUUAAUCCCGGGAUUGUGAUUUAUGAUGCUUAAAACUUUGUUUCAAAAUAUUUCGAAAACGCUCUCAUAGAAUUUAUUCAAACUUUUCCAUAAUUGAGGCAAUUAUGGCAGGUACAAACUCCCUUAAGCGAUUUCUUAAAAAAUCUCCUGGUACAGAGAAAAACAAAGAUAAAUAAAAAACGUAAUGGCAUCGUUACGUUGCCAUGGCGACUCCGAUUGCAAUAAAACCCAGAUCAUAAGAAAUUUUCAUCUUUAUACAAAACAGUUGUGGUAACCUUUUUGCCAUAUCUUUAAUUAUGGCAACGUGGUUAAUGCUCAAACUUGGGAGGUAUCCCCCUCAAAAAAUCCAGUCGAGUCACCUUAACAGAACCACAGUCUUUGGAUUUAUAUUCAAGAUUAAGGUUUCCCAAUCUAACAAUUACUGUAAUGAAAUGUCAUGUGUUCAAUUUUAGUCUUGUCCAAGCAGAAUAUUGGCAUGAUCCACUGAAUGAGGAAGAGUACAGAGAAAAGAGCGUCUUCUUGGCAGAAAUAAAUCAGGAGAAGAAGGUGAAAAAAGUUACUUAGAUCAAUGGAUUAUAAAUUUAAAUGGACUUUCUUACAGUCAAACAAUAAUAAUUAUUAACAACCUUGAACACUUGAAAUAAUUCUAGAAUGUUUACUCUGUUAUUGUCCUAUUACAGCAAAGAUCAGGACACGCGAGCUAACCAUAAAAUUCCAAACUAAUCAAUAUUGUUGCUUAGUAGUGUAAGCAUGUGCAAUACAGUUCAUGCAACCAAGCAAAGAAAGAGGUUUCUAUGAGUGGAAACUCCCCCUGAGGGGGGAGGGGGGGAGUGCCAUGUGAAAGGUUUGGGGAUGCCAAUGCUUGUGAAAAAAAAAUUGAAUCAAGGAUGGUUCAAGCUUUAUUCUACCCCUUGAGAUUUCCAAGUACUGAACUGAUUUUUUUCAGUAACAUUGUCAACAACUUUGUCACUUAGUGGAGCUGAGCACCCGGGAUGUACAGGGGCUUCAACUUUUGGCAAAGCCAGCCCCUAAACAGAUAUGCCCCAUGGCUGGAAAACUGGCACCUACAUGUACCUCCCAGCCUUGAGUUCCCACACCAAUGGAAGCAGGCUGCUUUCACACUGAUUAUCAGUGCAAAAGAAAAGGGGAGAGGGGUGGGGGUACAUGCACAAUCCAAAGGUUUAAAAAAGUGAGUGGCCACCUGCUAAUUACCGCUUAACCGAGGUUUCUUUUUCUUUUGUUCAAAGGCAUUUUCUCUGACAAUUUUUUCUGUUAUUUCUAAAAGCAUCCAAUCAUCAACUUGUUGACAGAAAUAAUUAAACUGGAUUUACUUUUUAAGCAUUCAAAUCUGAUUUCAAAUUUCACUCUAACCCUGGGUUAUCUUAACCCAGCUUUGAACAACCUGGCCCAGGAAAAUGCUGUACUAACACAUAGAACUGAUGCAAGCAGUGCUGACCGCGCUUGAGCCACUAUACCGACAAGGUAUGCAUGGCACUCCUCGUUGAAGCCUGAGAAAACAGCCGACAUUUGGCGAUACUACCACUGGUUUCCCCGCUAAAUGACGUUUGAGAAACGAGCUAAGAAAUUCCAUACUGACAACGCAUCACUACCCAGAUCUGGGUAGUGACAUGUCAUCAGUAUGGAAUUUCUGCGCUUGUUUCUCAGACGUCAUUUGGUGUGGAAACCAGUGGUAGCCUCGCCAAAUGUCGGUUGUUUUCUCAGGCUAUCCUUGUUGUUAACUGCAUCAAAUUUCAUUUAACUUAAUAAUUUUAUAAGCAUUAUGGAUUGUAUAUGCAGCUCUACAAGUAAAGUCAGAAUACGUGUACAACAAGUGUUACCUGAAAAUAAUUCUUGACUAGCAACCUAGACUGUAUACAAAUUUUUAAUCAUGAAUUAAUUUUUUUUAAAAGCUGAAUUGUAUCAUUUUUUCUUCAGAUGGUUCCCGAGUACAAGACAAACCUGAUGAAACUAAAGAACUUUGUGAUGGUGAUGUUUGGCAAGGACACUAUGGUUGAUCCAAAGGAAACGGAAGUAUGAAAAAGUUUAGUGUUGAAUUCUGUAAUACAGUAUGCAUGAUAUUGCAACAUAAUCUAUAGCAAUACUCGCUGUUUUCAGACACUCUUUUUGUUAUUAUAAAUUAUAUCUAAUGUGUAAAGAGUGAAACAAUGAAUAAUUUUAGUGUUUCAGUACAUAAGAUCGAGAUCUGUUAAUUCUAAUCCAUAUUCUCUUUCUUUUAUUGCAGUGGUUUGGUUUCUACAAGCCAGGGCAAGCAGUAGAUAAAUACACCUUACAAGAAAGUCAGCUGUACAAAGAGGCA